AUGCCGACGCAGGCUCCCAAGGACAGCGGGUCAGUCGCCGCACCAUCGCAAGGAGACGGCGAGUCCGAUCAAGCACCACCUAGAGCCCCGUAUACGGAUGGAAACGCAACGCAGAAGGAAGGUCCAUCCCUAGCGCCGGCCAACGGUGCUGCACCUCAGAAAGUGGAGCCUGCGGACUCUAAACCCCUCUCGCAAGAUGAACCCCCACCAGCUUAUGAAGAUACCCCGGAGAUCGAUUCUGCUCCCAAAGGAAGCGAAGAGGCAGCAGCAGCAACAGAAGCCCCCGUGCGAGAUGCGCACCCACCUCCCAAAGAGGUCCGUGCUCCCAACAGCGCCAAAGUCACCAACUCCAUUCCAGACCCGGCCGUAUCACUAUCCGCAUCACGCCCAACCAUGCUACCACCGCCCAGACCUAGCAUGGCCGCAUCUUCUUUCAUCAAUACCACCCCUACCUUGACGCCUGGUUCCACUUGGGGCCCUUCGGCAGCGUCCGCCGCAGCCGCUCGUGCCGAAGCAGCCGAGCCUGGAAGGAUUGGCGACCUCAAACGCUUCACUCUGUGGGAAACGAAGACCCGCUUCUAUCUGGUCGCCUACAACACCAGUCAGACCCGCUUCCGCAUCCUCAAAGUCGACAGGACCCCGCCCACUGCUCCUAUAUUUACCAAAUCCCAGCCUGAAGCUGAAAAACCUCGGGAGGCGAGUGGACCGUCCAGCAGCACGCCGGCGACACCCGCCGUCUCUGUCCACAUCGACCCUGCGCCUCAGAGUGCUCCUUCGUCUUCGAACGUCAAGACUGCUGAGACUCGGCUCGAAUCGUCCAAACCAGCAAAGGCCAACGCCGCGGCCUCGGACUGCUCCGCGCGUGGGCAGCCUUAUGUCUCGCUCAAUGAUCCGCAGAUCUGCAAGCUCAAUCGACGAAUGCUCGAUGCCAUGCAGACUCCCCGAGACGGUACAAACUCAACCCCCGCCAACGCUGCGCUCAAAACCGAUGCCGCCUUCGGCAAGACAUCAAGCGUCGCGGCGCUACCGAAAAAUGGCAACGCCGCCUCUCUCGUCGCCGAGACCAAGGCGGCCGGAGGCGCUUCUACUCCUGGCUCGAGGCACAUUGAAACCACCACAGACUCCAAGGCGGCUAGUUCCAAAUCCAAAUCUUCGUCAGCAGCAGCAGACUGGGAGCUCAACGUCACUUCAGACCGCGUCGUCUAUUCUCGCACUCAGGUCGCCGAGCUUCUCGAGAUGAUCCGCGAAGGCAACCGUGCCACCGGCGGACUCCAGGAAGUUGGCCGCUUCUUUGGCAUCGUAGGCUUCAUCCGCUUCACAAGUACCUACUACAUGGUUCUCAUCAGUCGUCGUAGCGUCGUCGCCUUGAUCGGCGGCCACUAUAUCUACCAUUGCGACGAGACCGUCAUCCUGCCCGUCUGCCAUCCAGCCGUACUCGCCUCCCUUCCGGGACGCACCAAGCUCAUGGAGCAGGAGGAAGCCCGUCUCCUCCACCUCUUCAAACAGGUCGACCUCAGCAAGAACUUCUACUUUAGCUAUACCUACGACCUCACAAAGACCUUGCAGGAUAAUCUCACCUCAACGCCUGGUGACCCGCUCGAGAAGGCAAGCUCCGUUUCGCCCUCCAAGCAGCCCAUCACCGCCUGGGGCUACAACGAAAAGUUCAUUUGGAAUCAUCACCUCCUCCUUCCUGCCUUUGGCGCCUCGGAACACCUGCAGCCAGAUGAAGAUCCAAGGAACGAGUGGGUGCUUCCGCUCGUCUAUGGCUUCGUCGACCAAGCCAAGCUGAGCGUGCUCAAUCGCACCGUCUAUACAACCCUUAUCGCGCGAAGAUCGCGACACUUUGCCGGUGCGCGCUUCCUCAAGCGCGGCGUCAACGAGCGCGGACACGUCGCCAACGACGUCGAAACCGAGCAGAUCGUCAGCGAGGCACUCACCACACCCUUUUUCGCACCAGGUCGCAAGCGAUUCGAACCCCGCGAAAGCAAGCCGCGAGCUUCUCCAGCCACACGUCGCGGCGGGGAUCUCAUCCGCGCUAGGGGCUUACGAGAAAAGGCGAGCACACAGGACGCGUCCAAGCUCGACUCGCAGAUACGCAGGGAGAAGGGGCGCGCCAUCAAACAGCACAGAGAGAAUGGCGUUGAUCACGCAGACGAGGAGGAUUUGGAAGACCUACCGCUCGAUCCAUCGCCAAGAUACACUUCGUACGUCAUGAUGAGAGGAAGCAUUCCGGUCUACUGGACGCAGGACUCGACCAACAUGUCGCCUCGCCCUCCCAUCGAGAUCUCGCUCGUCGACCCCUACUAUUCAGCCGCAGCUCUGCACUUUGACGAGCUCUUCCAUCGCUAUGGCACACCCGUGAUCGUCCUCAAUCUCAUCAAAAGCAAGGAGAAGCAGGAGCGUGAGGUCAAAUUGCUGCGCACCUUCGGCGAGUGCAUCAGCUAUCUCAACCAGUUCCUCCCCACGAGCAAGAAGAUACGCUACAUAGCCUGGGACAUGAGCCGCGCCAGCAAGAGUCACGGUCAAGAUGUCAUUGGCGUUCUCGAGGACAUUGCCGAAGAGACGCUUGAGACCACCCACUUUUUCCACUCUGGACCAGAGCCCAGCGCUUUCCGUGCGCAGACGAGCAGUCACGCUGCGUCGCAGAGUCAUGGCAGCCCGGACGCGGACCCAUCCGGCUAUGAAGGCUCGAACGCCGGGCCAAAGUCGACGACAAGAGGUCAUCCGCCUCGAAGGGAAACGAUUCUGCUGCAGGAGGGCGUCGCCAGGGUCAACUGCGUCGAUUGUCUCGACAGGACCAACGCUGCUCAGUUCGUGAUCGGCAAGGCGGCUUUCGGCCAUCAGCUGCACGCGCUUGGAUUGCUCGACGACCCUUCCCUGCCCUUUGACUCGGAUGCGGUCAACAUGUUGACGGAAAUGUACCAUGACCUGGGCGACACGAUCGCCAUGCAAUAUGGCGGCUCUGCGCUAGCACACACAACCGACACGUAUCGAAAGAUCAACCAGUGGACCUCGCAUUCGCGCGACGUGCUCGAAAGCAUGAAGCGCUACUACGCCAACUCCUUCGCCGACGCGGACAAGCAGGCAGCCAUCAACUUGUUCCUCGGCGUGGACCCGGCGGCUCCGGAUUUCUCCCCACACGUCUUCCCCGAGAACAUUCCGGUCUCGACCAAGAAGACCACCGAGAACGGCCACGAGCAGUCUGCGAAAGUUGUCCGUGCCGUUCCGUUCAGGCCGCACUACCAGCACUGGUUCGACCCCCUGCACUUGCAGCCGCGUGGGACGCUCGAGAGUCGCGAACGGAGACUGCGGCAAGUCGCCAAUGCAGAUGCAGGCUUUUGGGCCGAGUAUUAUCGCCCGAGCCUGUUCACGGAUCUGAACCGGCAUCACGCCUUCAAGAUGACUGCAGUGCACCAGUAUUCGCAUCUGCACGGUGGAGUGUCGCACGCCUCGGGUGGCUUGGGUAUGCCACACAGCCAGUCGGCAGGCGCUCUCAGCAUGUAUGCCGGCCAGAUCGGAGGAGCCGCUCAACUGACGCGCCAUGUCCGCUCCACCUCUAACUCGAGCCUGUCGUCGGGCACUUUCAAUCCGCAUCAAGCCGGCUAUAUGGUCGAGUAUCCGAGUCCCUUCAAGCCGCGUGGAGGCGCUGCGGACCUUUCGGCUUAUCGAACCUCGCAGCAGCAGCAUUUGCGGCGCGUAGAGAGCGACGCCCGGAGUCUUGCGACGCAGAGUUCGGCAACCAUGGUCAACGAGGCACAGAGUCCCGUCUCGCCCGACAGCGGACAGCAUUUCUCGUCGUCACCAGCGGGGUCGGCUUCGAGUGCACUGCCGCCUUCCAAGGCCAUCAUCGGCGGCGUGAGGCGAUGGAUCUCGAUCAACAAGCCCGGAGGCUCGCCGCGUCUUGGCGGGCGUGGGUCGCACAAGUCGCGUCACAGGUACAGCAUAGCGUCGUCCGAGGGAGGCGAUCACCAACAUGAGGAGGUGCGACGGGGCGGCGACUCGGCAGGACCGGUGCGUGGAGCUUCGGUGCCAUCAACGGGUGCUGUCCUUGGGGGCUUCGAUCCUCACACGUUCAACUUUGCCGGUCGGUGGCAGACGGUGAAUCCCGUCGGCCCUGCUGUUGCUGGAUCCAACGUGGCGAUCGAAGCCGCGCUGAACAAGGCGUGCAAUCCGCACAUCUCGGAAGAGGAGGAAUCAGAGUACGCGUUCUACACGACGCAGUUCCUCGACGAGUAUGCGCGGCCGAGUAGCGGGGAUGCCGCUUACGACGCAGAACAGGCUAGUCGUGCCGACGCACAGAUGCCGCUCGAGAGGAUAGCAGCCUUGACGGACCACCAUCUGAUUGACGAGAAAGACAUCCAGAUCUACGAAGAAGGCGUGGCUGUCAGCGGUGGCAAGGCGGCGGCGGUCGACAGAUUCGUGCGCUACUCGACCGUGGACCCUGUGUUGGUCAGCCAUGCCAACGCGGCCAGUCAGCUCGCCUUCCCUGUUGCCGUCUCGGCGAUUCAGUCCGGGAUGGCUACGGGUGCGCCGGGCUCGCAGUUCUCAGCGGGCGCCAAUGCAGCCGCAGUCGUGUCAGCAGCACCGGUGCCUUCGGGCCUGACUGCUUCCGAGGCCAAGAUCCGCGCCUACACCUCCUGGCUCUCUCUGGGCCAGACCAAGCUCGUCAGUUUCUAA